GUGAAAAAUGACAAAUCAGCCGUGUUUUGUCCCUUCUUCUUUAUAUGACUUUUCAUUUUCGUUUGGAUCAGGAAGAACGAAUCUGUUCCAAAUUCUCUUCAAAUCUGUCCUAUCCAGUUAGUAAUGGCUGAAAUCGAUGAAGGCAAUUCGGAAUUGGACAAUUUCUUGAUGGAGUUUUAUAUCCCUGAUUACAUACUUAUAGGGGAAGGUGACUCGGAAACAGAAAUUGCUUCUCAUAUUCCUGUAUGUCCAGUGAUUGUGUUUGUCAAUUCUAGAAGCGGUGGCCAGUUAGGUGGUGAUUUGCUUAUUACCUACCGCAGUCUGCUAAACAAGCAUCAGGUAUUUGAUUUGGGGGAAGAGGCGCCAGAUAAAGUGCUCUGCAGGUUGUAUGCCAGAUUGGAAAAGUUGAAGCUCUGUGGAGAUGGGUUUGCUGCCGUAAUUGAAAAGAAAUUGCGAUUGAUUGUUGCUGGUGGCGAUGGGACCGCUGGUUGGUUGCUCGGAGUUGUCUGCGACCUCAAACUUUCUCAGCCACCUCCAAUUGCUACGGUGCCCUUGGGAACUGGAAACAAUCUCCCUUUUUCUUUUGGCUGGGGAAAGAAGAACCCUGGAACGGACAGCCAGGCUGUGAAGUCAUUCUUGGAGCAAGUGAUGAAAGCAAAAGAAAUGAAGAUCGACAAUUGGCAUAUUCUUAUGAGGAUGAGAGCCCCCAAAGAAGGAACUUGCGAUCCUAUUGCACCUCUAGAGUUACCAUAUUCUAUGCAUGCGGUCCAGCCUGUCCAGCGUGUCUCACAAUCGGACUCUGAGAACAUGGAAGGUUACCACACAUUCCGGGGAGGGUUUUGGAACUACUUCAGCAUGGGAAUGGAUGCUCAAGUAUCAUAUGCAUUUCAUUCAGAAAGGAAGUUGCAUCCAGAAAAAUUUAAAAAUCAGAUGCAUAAUCAGAGUACUUAUGCAAAACUUGGAUGUACGCAAGGAUGGUUUUGUGCCUCGCUCAUUCACCCUUCUUCGCACAAUAUAGCCCAGCUUUCAAAGGUCAAGAUCAUGAAAAGACAUGGUCAGUGGGAAGAUCUUGAGAUACCUCACAGCAUUAGGUCAAUUAUUUGUUUGAACUUACCUAGCUUUUCUGGUGGACUAAAUCCAUGGGGUACACCAGAUCAGAAGAAAAAGCGAGAUAGAGACUUGACCCCGCCAUAUGUAGAUGAUGGUCUUCUUGAGGUUGUGGGUUUUAGGGAUGCUUGGCAUGGGCUUGCUCUGCUUGCUCCAAAGGGUCAUGGGACUCGUCUUGCGCAGGUUCGACCAUGUUCAAGAAUGUUCAAUAUAGGCACACCGGAUCCGCUUUGAGUUUCAUAAGGGUGUAGUUGACCAUACAUUCAUGAGAAUCGAUGGUGAACCAUGGAAGCAACCCCUCCCUCUUGAUGACGACACCAUCCUGGUGGAGAUCUCCCACCUUGGUCAAGUGAACAUGCUUGCAACACAUGACUGUCGGUCCAAAAGUGUUCAUGAUCCCUCUACGCAUAGCGGCAGCCAUGAUGAUGGAAAUGAGGAAGAAGACUCUUCAGAAGAAAUGGAAGAAGAGCAGAGAAAGUUUGGAGCAGCAGAUACUUUCCGAAUCCCUGAUGAAGUUGACAUUGCUCAUCUUGCUUAAAUGGUUAAUUGAUGUUAAUAUUAUAAUUCCAUCAAAAUAUAAGGAGUGCAGCGUGUAAAAAAAUUGUUUGUAGAAUCUUGUGUUUGUUCUUUUAAAUUGAAAAAGUAAAUAAAAACUAAACUAGUUUGCUAA